UGAGGGGCUCAGCUUGUUGACUGGGACAUACACCACAUAUUAGUACAGCAGAGAGAGCAGGAUUUGGCUUGUAAUUGCAGUGCUGAAGACCCGAGAAUGCAUUUACUAAUUAGCAACUACACGAGGGUUUGACAUAAGGUCUUUGUUAAGGGUUGUUGCAUCUGCUGGAACUCACAGACCUGACUGUAGACCACCAGAGCCCCUGCAGUAGAAGGCUGUGGGAGUACUAACCGGGGUAAAUUCCAACAGAAUGAACUUCCAGACUCUGUUCAAGUAACUGACAUUUCAGCCUCAAAAGACACUGUCAAAGUUGGAGGCUCCCAGGUUCCUUUCUAUUCUAAAUCUUUGUGCGACAGCAGUGGUUUUCUGAUGCAGUAAGCUUUGGUUUCCCUUUCUUUUCUUUCUAAAGAAACUCUGGAGGAGAGAGGAGUUCCAUAGACAUGAACUAUGACCCCUUGGAAGACCUUCCUGAGUAACAAACCAGCUUGCCGGCAUGUUUGACAGUUCCCUUUUCUAGAUUGAAGUUAACGUUGUAAAAGUAGUGGUUACUUUUUGGCAUUGAUAGGAGUAAGGAAAUCUUUGGAUAAACAGAAUAAGCAUGGUUCUUGAUGUUUUUGCUCUAGACAGAAAGCAGUAGCAUGUAUAUUGUGUUUGAACCCAAACUGACUCCCAUUACUGUCCUGCAGGACUGGUGGAAGUACACAGCGGUCUCUAUGCUCUCUCAUCCAGUGUUCAAAAAUAGACCAGUUGAACUCUGGGACUUUCAAUUUUGUGGAAUUUCCUGCAAAAUACCAAGAGCUAUAUGAGGGUUUGGCUAUAAUAUGUGAGGUUUCUGUUCCAGUGCCGGUUCUUGGGACAAGUAAAGACAUGACUCUUAGCCGAAGACUUGAGUCACCAAGCUGCCAUGCCGGCUGACUGCUGAUGUCCCCCUCUGUGUGCAGCUGGGCUGUGCUGGUGACACCCACGGUGAGCACAGUGUGAGUUGCUGCUGAAAGGGCAGAGGAGGUGCCCCCUUUGGCUUCGUAUCGCAGGGUGCCUGUUGUGUCCACUUAUCUGUGAGAAAAGAUGGAUGAUUUCAGUAGGUCCUGGAGAAGCUUGUCACAUCUGAUUGUAAUCACAGCUGGAGUUCCAUUCCCAGACUGAUGUGUUCAUCGGUGACUUCAGAAACCACAUUCAGCCGUGCUUAGCUGUGCUUGUGGGGUAUUCUAACAACAACCGGACUUCUCUCUGCUGCUUCCAGCUGGCCAUCUUUCCUCAUCCCUCCAAGCAUCGUGAAAGAAUUCUUUACAUCCUUAAUCUCCUCUCUAUUUCUCCCCCAAAGAGUGCUUUGAUGCUCCAUGAGGGAAGGCAUGGAAGUAGACCAUUGGGGUUCCCGGAGAUGGACUCUCACCAUGCUCAGCGAGCAUGAGGGUCUCUAGUGCCAUUCACUUGUAUAAUUCUACAGCAUACACCCACCAAGGGCCUUCUGUGUCCCCCAACUUGAGUAGACACUGAUGUACUGGGGCAGGUGGAACCAGAUUCAGGUGAAGGACUAAUUCAGGCUUUCUCCCAGCAGCUGCUCCAGGAGUCUGCUUUGGGGAUGUUGGGGCAUGAGCCCAGAAGGCAUUAGGGCCCAUAUGACCAAAGGAGGCAGUAGGAGGUACAGGAGGAGCUGAUCCCUGGGGGACAGAAUGUAAAGUGGGACGAUGAGGCUAAAGUUUGAAUCUUGGGGCUAUGAGUUGAAGUGAUUCUUAACGCUUCACUGUUGAUGAUUUUAAAUACAGAAAUUGAAUAAAUAGGAUGUUUUUCCUAGUUUAGUGUAUUGGUUGCCUACAAGAGUGUUUUCCUACCAGGAAUAGUAACAUACACUUGUUCUAGAAUGCCUGAGACUACAGAGCUAUUUUGGUGGUUACUUGCUUUUCUUAGAGCUCAAGAAUUUAUGUUUUCGGGAAUGUGACUAGUUUAGCCACUAAAGGUUUAAUACAAUGGAGGGCUACCCAGAUCCCUCUGUCUAGAUUUGCCUUGGAAGCCAAAGGGAUUAGAAGAAGGAAAGCAAAGAGAAUAAGUUAAUCCCAAGAAUUGAACAGAGCAAAAACCCUAUGGCUCUUGUACUUAAAAUAUCUUGGCCCCACAGGCUCAUCUCCUAUGCUCUGUUCAGGAGGGUCAUAUAUACACAUUACAGGCUUCCUAUAAGGUAGGGCUGGGAGUGGAUGACCUUCUCUUUUCCUCCUUUUUCUUGUGUUCUAGCCCCAAACCCAUCGACAUCUUUUCUGUCUAUCCUGAUGUUUCUGGUCCUGUGCCCCAAUGUAUGCUCUUGGCUCUUAGAACCUCAGAAUAGUUUGCUUUUUCCUCUUAUAUGAUGCUUAACUUAGUCUUAACACAUUAUUAAGGGAUUUUGUGGGUACUUCUUUUUUUUUUUUUAAGAUUUUAUUUGUUAUUUGAGAGAGGGAGAGAAUGAGCAGUGGGGAGGGGCAGAGGGAGAGACAGAGAGAAAAGCAGGCUCCUGAGGGGCUGAGCAGGAAGCCCGAUGCGGGGCUCGAUCCCAGGACCCAGAGAUCAUGACCUGAGCCAAAGGCACACGCCUAACCAACUGAGCCACCCAGGUGUCCCCCAUAUGUGGAUUCUUCUUGAGAGAGAAAUUACUUUUUUCUGCUCUAGCUCUGGUAUCUCCCAGAUUCAGCUUGGAGCUUCACAGUUCCUGUGUACUUGUAUCCCUUUCGCUGAUCUGAGGUGCAUAGUCUCCCUGGGAAGACAGGAUCUCAGCACAGGAAGUAUUUGACUCUGGGGACCUGCAGGCUAGUAACGCACUAUGACACCCAAGAAUUAUGUCAUAAAGCGGGAGUUCCUUUUGUGGGCCCUGGUCUGUGGCCUCUUGGAAUCUAGAUGCCAAGGAAAUCCCUAAACAGAGAUUUUCUGUUUGGAUGAUCAGAGCAAGGAAUAAAGAUUGGGAAUUUGGAUAAUGUCUCAACAGUUUCAUUACCAGAAUGAUACAAGAGUCAUUUCGAGCUCGCUGUUGGAUAAUUCUUCAGCAGAGUUCUGUGCAAGAUUCAGGAAAUUUCAGAGGAGAGAUACUCAGUGCCAGGCAUUUGUGAAGAGAGUCAUAAUGAGUCGUCUCUUUAAGAUAAUUAUGAUUAGCACCGUCUCCCUGAAUGCCUUUUUUGUGGUCUUGUGGACUGAUUAUAAUACAAAAUACAACUUGUUCAGACUUUUUGAGGUCUCCGAGCUGAUCUUUGUGUCCAUCUAUAGCUCUGAGUUCUGCAUGAAGCUCUAUGUGGACCCCAUCAACUACUGGAAGGAUGGCUACAACCUGCUGGAUGUCAUCAUUAUCGUCACUAUCUUCAUCCCCUAUGGGCUGCACAGAUUCAAGGGCAAGCACUACCCCUACCUCAACAUUGCUGACGGCAUGCAGUCCCUGCGCAUCCUCAAGCUCAUCACCUACAGCCGUGGCAUCCGGACCCUCAUCACUGCUGUGGGGCAGACAGCCUACAUCGUGGCCUCCGUGCUCAUCCUGUUCUUCGUCCUCAUGUUCAUCUUCGCUAUCUUGGGCUUCUGCCUAUUUGGAACUCCAGACAGGGGUGACCUGAAUAACUGGGGGAACCUGGCUGUGGCCUUCUUCACUCUCUUCAGCUUGGCCACGGUCGAUGGCUGGACAGACCUGCAGGAGCAGUUGGACAAUCGCAACUUGGCUCUCAGCCGGACGUUCACCAUCAUCUUCAUCUUGCUUGCCACCUUCAUCUUCCUCAGUAUGUUCGUGGGUGUGAUGAUCAUUCACACUGAGGCCUCCUUUAAGAAGUUCAAGCUGGACCUGAUGGCCGAGAGGCACAUGGCGCUCAUGGGAGAGAAGCAGGUGAUUCUGAGGCGGCAGCAGGAAGAGGUCAGCAGGCUGAUGCAGAUGCAGAAAAAUGCUGACUACAAAAGUUUCAGUGAGCUGGUGGAGAACUUCAAGAGGACCCUGCAGCACACUGACCCCAUGGUCCUGGAUGAUUUCGGCACCAGCCUGCCCUUCAUCGAUGUCUACUUGUCCACUCUGGACAACCAGGACGCUACGAUCUACAAGCUUCAGGAGCUGUACUACGAGAUCGCACAUGUGUUGAGCCUGAUGCUCGAAGACUUGCCGCAGAAGAAACGGUCCCAGACCUCCGAAAACUCUGAAGAGACAUAGGGGACGUGGGCACCCAGACACCAAGGGGUCUUACAGGCUGUGACAGGCCCUCGUUCAACAAAGGCUUUUUGAACUGCCCUCUCUGAGUUGCUUAAGCUCAUGGUACUGCCCUGCCGCAGGGGGUUGGGCCCCGGUAGGCACCCAUAAAGUCCAAUUGCCCGGUCUGUUCCCCCCUCGGCUUGGGGGGUGGGGAGAGGAUGCUCAGGACUUGCCCUUGGCCAGACAGCUCAUCCAGGGGCCACACUGGCUCUCUCCUCUCUUGACCUCAGCAGCAAGGACUCAUUGGGCUCCUGGGAAAGCCAUCGGAGGACCCCAGACCAAGAAGGGCCUCCAGUAGCCCCCUACAUGAGCCACGGUGGCUCUUUGUGGGUGCCCCACAGCAGGAAGAGUAGCAUUUCUCUCUAUGCACCUACUCCCGUGACGACCCUUGUUUGGAAGUUGGCUCUGUUUUUCUCUAGGCUCACGGUGGUUGUGAUCCCUCAGUGGGUGCAGGGGGGACCUCCCAGAGGGGUCAGAGGAGCAGCAGUAUUGGGUUGUUGCCCCUUGUAUGGUCAGUUAGGACUUUUCACUUGAAAGGUGGCCUCUUCUUUGUCCCUCCUGGCCACAUGACUAGCAGAGUUGCCGCACUCCUGACGCUCCCUUGAUCCAGCCGUGAUGGAAUUUUCUGAAGGCACAGGUGAGGCAGGGUUGGCUGACACCCCUUGUCCCUGACUGGCCAGGCUGGAGGGCCUGUGGUGCCCCUCUGCUCCCAUUGCUGGGGGCUGUUCUCGAGGCCCGUUACUUUAGCAGGCCCUGUCUGACAGAGGGAGAAGGGAGUCCUGGGCAGAGCUGGGGUGGGACACCAGCAUAUACAGUUGAGGGAAAAAAGCCCCAGACCCACUGGGCAGUUGGGUCAGUGGAAAACACAUGGGAUAAAACGGAGAGCGGUUGGAUGAAGGGCCCCCUGCAUGGACCCGUGGUCUGUGGGCAUGGGUGACAGCUCCUCCAAGGCCAUGGAACAAGUGCACUUGGAAACCUUUCCUCGUGGUUUUGUUCAUGCAUCCGACUACUAUUUACUGAGCUGUGCCAGGUGCUGCAGUGCUGUCAUGAAAAAACCCACAGUCCAGUCCUGGUCCUCUUGGGGGCCUCGGUAAUCAGUAAUCCAGCCAGACUGGAUGAGAGACAUUUCCUUGAGUAAGUGAUGGUUGUUUGCCUGCAGAGAGCAUGCGUCUUCUAAGAGAGUCAAAUCAUUGCUAUUUGUAAAUGUUCACACUCCCAUCGUGUAAAGAUGUGGAAGAGGCUUGCCUUGAAGAGUGAGACCUGUCACCAUGCUAUUGGGGAGCCCUCUGAGGGCG